AUGAAUACUUAUGAAAAUAUACCAUCUGCAUGGUUUACAUCAGAUAGACGAGAACGCUCGUCUUAUCAUUCGGCACGUAUGUCUCGGCCGGUUUCGAAAAGUUUCAAUCGAAUAUCUGACUUCAUCUUUCCUGAUACUAUUCAUAUACGUUUCUCUCCGCCACCUCCACCGCCUCUUGAAGAUCAAUCAACGUAUGAACGAAUCGAGAACGUCAAUUCAUCUGUUGUUCAUCGUCAAAAAUGCUAUCCACCGGAUUUGAUUAUCGUCGAACGUUUAUCUGCCGCUGAACUGGAUAAUAUCGAUUUGCUCUAUCGUGAGCGAAAUCAUCAGAAUAAUCGACAACUUCGCCGUCGAUAUUCGUCUAUUCUCGAUGAUCGUUACUUUGCCGGCACAAUACCACCAUCACAACCACCAUCGCAACCAGCAACACCGUCAUCGCCUCCGACGAAAGUGGCUACUCGAUCAGCAGCCUUUCGAGAAAAAAUUCGCGAUCGUCGAAAGCGCCACACCAUGGAUAAUGUCUAUCACUCAAUGUUGAGAACAAUGAUUGAUUCUGGUGAUGAGCAACAAUCGAAUUCUAACGGUAAACAUCCGAGCUUUAUUCUUUCAUAUCGCACGACGCUUGAUCCAAUAACCGACUCGGAAUCGAUGACAUCAAUUCCUCAGCAACAGAACACGAAAGAAACAUCUCAUGGUCGAGUACCAAUCAAUGGUACUCUACCAACUAUGUGUGAACGUAGACGUUCCAAACAUCGAUUAUGUAGUUCAACGAUAAGUAGUCAUGAUACAUCAAGUGAUACAGAUAUGACUGAUAGACAAACAUUGACAAUGAAUUCAUCAUUUGUAAACUCAUCGGAAACUUCUCGAACGCUCUGGAAACGUUUAACACGUCAGACAGACGAAUGUCUUCCUAUGAGCGACUCGGACAAUAAUUUCCGAUUAGAUUCCUCACCUUCGAACAAUGAACUCAAUUCUCAGAAAAACAACUCAACACUAUCCAAAGGUGUCAAUCAUGUUUCUGUUUGUGUCAAUGAUUUGCAUACAACAUUAUUUAUCGAUGAAGAAACAUUGAAUGAUACCAAAACACCUGCGAACGGAGGAAAAGUAGUUUUGAAGACAUUUAUCGAUCGAAUCAUCAAACGAUUGCAACAUUUUAAACGUUCACUCGAUCACGGAUUAAUACACGUACGAAAGCGCAACACGUUGAAUAACGGCUCAAUCAUAACAACAAACUAUCGAUCAUGUAGUGAAGCAGUGAAACGUAAAUCGGAUCUACCUUCUCCUUGGUCAAAUACCGACGAAAAUAGAUACGUUCAACCAUAUUUUUUAAUCAAACCACAAACAGUACUAAUGUUGCCCACUGAAACAGCUAAAUUUAAAUGUUGCUUCGGCGGUGAUCCACAUCCGACAAUCUUUUGGUCUCAUAAUGGCUCACGUAUUGGUGAAACUUUUGCAUCACAUGCCGUGAAAUCAUCCAGAUAUCGACUACACAAAUUACAUGAUAUCCAUUAUCUCGAUAUUGACUCUGUUACACUUAGAGACAAUGGCCAAGUUAAAUGUACAAUUAUGAAUACACACGGAAGAGAAGAAGUUAUCGUACAAUUAUUAGUAGUUCCCUCACCAGCAGAUGCAACACCUUCCAUCACACGAUUAUUGUCUGAUGUUACUGUGAACGAAGGAGAAUCAGUUAAGUUGUCAUGCAUUGUCAAAGGUCCACAAGUGACCGUCGAUUGGUUUCAUAAUGGAAAAUUAAUCUCAACAGCAUCGCAAGCGAAAGAUGAUUACUAUGAUGAAGAAGCGGUCUUCAGUUUUUCUUGUUGUAUGAGAAAUGAUGCUGGUAGUAUUGAUUGUCUCGUGAAAAAUCGUUUUGGAGAAGCGAGAACAAGUUGUCGAAUUGAAGUGGUCAAUGAUUUUGAAUUUGACCGGUGA